AUGGCAAAUGAGUUUAUAGAGAUAAGUAUGAGGAGACAGGGAGUGAUGAAGACUGAAGGACGACACCGGCCAGGGGGCAACAGGAUUGGGAAGAAAAGGAAAACUGAGACACAUAAGGGUAUCGACGGGAGGCAAGGCGCUGAUCAGAUAUAUCAUUCGAGAAUGACGGUAGCAGGGCUUUUGAAGGUAUGA